AGGUCUCUGAAGGACACUGGUGUAGGAGGGAGGAGCUGGGAGCUCAUCCAGCAGCGCGUGCACGAGAGCAAGAAUGACUCGGGAUAACACAGUGCACAUCAAUACUCAUGCUUGAAUCCAUCCGCUCGGUUUGCGCUCCUUUUGUCUUUCUCCAACUCUGAACGCGCCCGGCUGAAGAUGGAUAUAGAAACAACAGAGUUGAUAGAUCAUAUGUAAGGCAUCUCGUUGGUUGCCCUGGUAACUGUGGAGAUGAGCGGGAAGGUGUGAAAGUGAAGGAAUACGGGUGUUGUUCCUUUGUCUUCCAUCAGAUCUCAAGAUCUGCUCCUUCACUGGGAACAUCAGGCAGGAAUUCUCUAAAAACAGGCUUACUGAGUGAGGAGUAAAUGCAAGCAAAAGUUCUGGUGUGGUGAAGAAUGCAGAGAGAAGGUGUUUUCUUACGAUGCAGUAAAACCAAAAAAUAAUCUACCAUAAUCACUGGAAAGUAAAGAGGAAUUUGAUUAGCAAAGAGAAGCAAAGUGAACUGACAAUGGGGCGAAAGAAGAUCCAGAUUACCCGCAUAAUGGAUGAGAGAAACAGACAGGUGACGUUCACAAAGAGGAAGUUUGGUCUGAUGAAGAAGGCGUAUGAGCUCAGUGUUCUGUGUGACUGUGAAAUAGCCCUGAUUAUCUUCAACCGCUCCAAUAAGCUCUUCCAGUACGCCAGCACAGACAUGGACAAGGUCUUGCUCAAGUACACAGAAUACAACGAACCUCAUGAGAGCAGAACCAACUCGGAUAUUGUAGAAGUGCUGAACAAGAAGGAACAAAGAGGUUGUGACAGCCCAGAUCCAGAAGCUUCAUAUGUCCUCACGCCUCACACAGAGGAGAAAUAUCAGAAGAUUAAUGAAGAGUUUGACAACAUGAUGAGAAAUCACAAAAUUCCGGCUGCUUUGGGUCAGCAGAGCUACUCGAUACCGUUGACUUUGACCGUCACAAACCCCACCACCCUGUCCUACAGUACAGACAGCUCUCUGGACACCCCAGUGUCCCUCAGCGGGGCUAACAUACUGUCUCUGUCCUCCAACUCCCUCCAGAGCAACAACAGCACUGCUGUCAUGGAUGGCAUGCCAGGUUCCUUAGACGUCACUCUUCCAAAUGGUCUGCACUCCAGUCAUGUGGCCAAUGGAUUUGUUGGCAGUUCAGAAGGAAACCAUAUGGGAAGAGUUUUUUCUGCAAAUUCUCAAGCGUCGUCUACAGUGGGCCGCAAACCUGAUCUCAGAGUGCUCAUUCCUCCUGUGUGCAAGGGCACUGUCUCUUCACUGCCGCAAGAGGAAGGAGAGGAACAUUUGCAAAUAGACAACUCUCAGUCCAGCCAAUCACUGACCACGCCUGUGGUAUCCGUGGCAACCCCCAGUCUGCAUCCUCAGGGCCUUGUGUACUCAGCCAUGACCUCAUCAUUCAGUACAGAUUUUGCCUUGAGCAGUACAGAGCUCAGUUCUUUACACAGCUUCAGUUCACCAGAUGCUGUCACAGCAGCACCAGGGUCUUCAUGGAAACACAACCAGCAUGGUCAGCCAGGCUUCAGUGCUCAGAGAACCACACAACCUCAAGUUCAGGCCUCUGACUUUUCCACCAACUCCAUCAGCAUCAAAUCAGAGCCCAUCUCCCCUCCCAGAGAGCAUGCCGGCCACUCGAUCUACCCCACCAUCCACACCAGGCCUCGGCCCAACUCCAGACAAGAAGUGGGACGCUCUCCUGCCGAGAGCUUCAGCUCUUCUGGGAGUUCAUAUGAGGGUAGUGACCGUGAGGACCAGCGGCUGGACUCUCACACAGUCGCCGCUACAUCAGGACAAAGCAGUCGAUCAUCACCAGAGACAGAGAACCAGGAAGAUCCCUCAGUCAAACGCAUGCGCACAGAGAGCUGGGUAACUUAGGAUGGCUUUUUAAAAUUACAUUUCGGAUAUGCAGACUGCUGUUGUAGCACAUGUAGUGCAACAAACAUAAAGGGCUGCUUUAGAAGUGUGAAGAAGUGUCUCUGAAAAAGAAAUACAAAGACAGUUAUUGUAAAUGUGUGCGUUCCGUUUGUAUUGUUUUAGGAUUUUAAUAUUGAUAAAAAUCUAAGUUAUGAAGUGUCUGACACAUUUUUGUCAAUAGAGGGUUAGCUGUGCUGCAUUAUUUGCAGUAAAUAAUUUUUUGCAAGCCAAAUGUGUUAUUUUAUCUUUUGUAUGUUUAUCUGAAUCCUCAAUCAAAGCCAUAUAAAUAUUGAUAGGGAUUUACUAUUUGCUGUCAUUUAGUGUAUGAGUUUGAUGCCCUAGUGAUCAUCAUUUUUAAAAGACAUUUCAUUUUGUUUCAUUUUUGUGCUAUAGGAAAAAAAAAACUGUUUGAAAUGGCAAACGUAAUCUUCCGUGGAGUGUUUACUUGUCUGUCAAGUUUUAGAUGAACCUCAGGUAUCUUGCAUUUCAAUCAUCAACUGGCAGCCAAAUGACACUUUGUUCUUUCAAGAUUUGUGGAGAACAGGUGAUAAAGUGGCCCAAAAAUGAUUGAUUCAUUAGAUUUAUUAAUGUAACCAACCACCUUGCAAACGACGUGGUGGGUGAUAAAAUUAGCUAAUCAUAAAUUUGACUUUUGUUCUUAAAACCACAAUCCCUCUAUAAGAGAACACACUAUAAAACAUGUCAUAUUCACAAAAAAAAUAUCUAAAUAUUUGUGAAUUAGAUGUUUAAUAUCAUUUACGCAAUGUGAAUACUGAUACUACCUGAAAAUACCUGAUUACACAAGCAUUUAAAAAUAUAUGAAAAGUAUUUAAAUGUCUUUUAUAGUGUUUUUAUCCAUUAUUCUGAUUCUGCUGAAUGUGAUGGGGAUGCUGUAAAGGAACAGUCGAGCUUUAUAGCCAUUUUCUAGUUGUUUUGUGAACAUUAAACUCACAGUCUCCGAUGAGACGUUUAGGUAUUUUGCUGCCAAUACCAGGUUUUAUUUGACAGCUGUUGCUCUUUACUGACACAGGAUGUUUGUUAGGCCAAUGCCUUUAAAAUCUUCCUUCAUGCCAUAAAAUCACUUUUCUCUGACGCCAAUGCAUUCUGUGGAACUCUAUUAGUUGUCUCAGUUUUUUCUCAAAUCAAGCCGACCCCUUUAUUGUUAGUAAACCUGUUA